AUGUCGAAAGAAUCUGAUAGUAAUUCGGAUUUGUCUCUUGUCUCAAGCACUGCAGGAGUUGAUGUAAGAAGGCGAAGAAGGACAGUUACAAAAAAAUGUCAAUGUGAAGCAAAGGUUCAACUGAAAUAUGGUGGUUUUAAUCAAUAUAUAAUAUCUUGUUUUGUUGAAGGUCACAAUCAUCCUUUAGCAUCCACAUCUGGAAAGCAAUUUCUUCGUAUCAAUCGAACUAUUUCCUCACUUCAACGUCGAUUCAUUUUAGAUGCUGCUAAAUCAAAUAUUGGUGCUCAUAGAGCGCAUAGCCUCUAUAAAUCUAUAGCCGGUUCCUACACUGAUAUAGGGGCAACUGCUACAGAUUUUCAGAAUUGGGUAAGGGAUAUUAAGUUGUAUAUUGGAAAGCAUGAUGCGGAUAUGUUGCUUCAAAAAUUCCAAAAUAAGCGAGAGACAUCAGAUGCUGGAUUUUCUUAUGAGUAUGAAACAGAUUCGGAUGGUCAUCUUACUCGUCUAUUUUGGGCUGAUAUUCCAGGACGCCAAAGUUAUGAAGUGUUUGGUGAUGUGGUCUCUUUUGAUGCAACUUAUCGCACAAAUAAGUAUGGCAUGGUUUUUGUACCAUUUAUAGGUGUUGACAAUCAUUGGAAAAGUGUUACCUUUGCAUCUGCUUUGCUUAAUCACGAGGAUUCGACAAAUUUUACAUGGGUGUGCGAGAUGUUUUUGAAAGUCUUUCAGCAGGCACCAAAAUGUAUUAUCACUGAUCAAUGCCCGGCUAUGAAAGUUGCUAUCAACAAGAUAUUCCCUAAUUCAAUUCAUCGAUAUUGCAUGUGGCAUAUAAUGCAAAAGUUUACAGCUAAGGUUGGUCCUGUUUUUUGUGCGGAAUCUGGUUUUAUGGAGAAACUUAAUAAAUUUGUUUGGUCAUCACAUUUGACGAUAUCUGAAUUUGAACAAGGUUGGAAUUCUGUGUUGGAUGAGUUUGGAUUGAGUGAACAUGUAUGGUUGAAUGAAAUGUACCUUAUGAGAGAAUCGUGGAUUCCUGCCUUUUUUCGGGACAAGCCCAUGGGAGCGUUGCUGAGAACGACAUCAAGGUCAGAAAGUAGUAACUUUUUCUUUAAUCAUUUUGUGCAGAGGGGAGACACACUGUCAGAGUUCUAUAUAUGCUAUGAGAGUGCCAUUGAGAAACAGAUUUAUGAAAAUAAAAAACUUAAUGAUGGAGAUAGAUGUAUUCCUAAAACUAUCACUGAAAAAGAAAUUGAAAAGGAAGCAGCCCAGCUUUACACUCGUACAAUGUUUUACAAGGUUCAAAAACAGAUUAAAGCUAGUUGUUUUCAUAUUAGUUUGGCUGGACAGCCAAUUGUUGCUGAUGGUGUUAGUACGUAUAUUGUACGUGAUAAAACUUAUGAUGAGAAGUAUUUCGAGGUUCAGUUUUCGUUCUUGACAAACAAUGUGGAUUGUUCUUGCAAGCUUUUUACUAGAGUGGGAUACCUUUGUCGGCAUUGUUUCUACUGUUUGGGUCUAUGGGGUGUUGAACGAAUUCCACAUCAGUAUUUGUGUAGUCGCUGGAUGAGAAAUGCAGAGGACAGAUUUUGUAAAUCAAAAUUUUCAGAUGUGAUGGAAAGUACUAAUUUUUUGUUUGAUGAGAUGAAUAGUUUGAAAAUAAGGGUUGAAGAAAAAUUUGAAAGUUCGAGAGCUACAAAAGAAGAUAUGCUAGAAGAAUGUUUCGGAGUGAGACCUUCAACUAUAACCACUGUUCAUCCACCACUCCAAAGUAAUAAUAAAGGUAGCCGAAAAAGACUUGUUGGUCCUGCAGAAAAAAGUUGUGAUGGAAAGAAGAGGAAAUUAAGGGUGUGCAAAUUCUGUAUGCUGGAAGGAUAUCACGAUUCACGUACUUGCCCGAAGAAGAAGAUGCAAAAUCCAAUCAUGCAAGCUGCUAAUAUUUCUGUCGACAAUAUUAGCACUAACCAGACCAUCAAUACAGGAAUAAUCAGCUAG